AUGAGCACACUAAAACUGAUCACUCCGUCCGCCAGAUUUGAAGAGUGGGCGCUCAUAGAUCUCGAGGCCCAGAAAUACUUCUCGAGAGGAUCCAUCAAACCAAAGUUUGAGGCGGAACAAGACGACGAAAAAAUACUCAAGCCCCAAAGCUUCUUCAUGUUGGUGCUGGAAUUUCUCAGGAAGGCGCUGCGCACAGUUUGA